GCGGAUUGAUAAUACCGGCAUGUUCUGUUGUGCUAAUGCAUUAGCUGAUGAAAGUUGACAUUUAUCAUUAGGAAUAAUUUUAAAAAUGUUCAGGAAAACAUUGAAAUCAAUCAAAUAUAAAGAUGGAGAUUUGGAAAUUUUGGAUCAACUUUUAUUACCUGCUAAAUCAGAAUAUAAGAAGAUACUUGAUGUAGAAGAGGGAUGGGAAGCAAUUCACAACAUGCAUGUAAUUAUAAUAGUUAUAUAAUAGUAUAUUUGACGUGAUAUGCGUAGUUAGUCUUACACCAAUAAAAUAAUAAUGAUAGGAAUAUUGCUUUAUUAUAAUUGAUUUUUAAAACAUUUUUUUUUCAUACUUUAUUUUUAACACCUUGAAUCUCACAGGUAAGAGGUGCACCAGCUAUUGCAAUCGUAGGAUGCCUCAGCGUCGCUGUAGAACUUUAUCGUAACUCUUUUGAUUCAAAAGAAGAACAACAUGAUUAUCUUACAAAAAAGUUUGAUUAUCUCGUAACAGCUCGACCCACAGCUGUAAAUUUGAUGAAAGAGGCAGAAAUAUUAACUGAAUAUUCCAGUGAAAUGGUGGUGAACAGUGAAUUGUCUACUGAAGACAUGAGGAUUUGUUUAAUCAAGGCAAUAGAGGAUCUACUAAGUAAAGACAUAAAUGAUAACAAAGCUAUUGGAACUUUUGGAGCAGAUGAAAUCCUGAAUGGUCAGGAUAGUCCAUGCAUUAUACUGACUCAUUGUAACACGGGCUCGCUUGCAACAGCUGAUUACGGAACAGCUUUAGGAGUCAUCAGAACUCUUCAUGAGAGGUCUUUAAUUGAAAAGGUGUACUGUACCGAGACGAGACCCUACAUGCAAGGAGCAAGGCUGACAGCCUACGAACUUGUUUACGAAGGAAUUCCAAGUACAUUGAUUUGUGAUAGUGCUGUCGCUGCGUUGUUCAAAAACGCUAAAGUAACUGCAGUUGUGGUUGGUGCUGAUAGAGUCGCAGCAAACGGAGAUACAGCUAAUAAAAUUGGUACUUACCAGAUAGCUGUACUGGCUAGACAUCACAAUGUCCCGUUCUAUGUAUGUGCUCCUCUCAGUUCGAUUGAUUUUGAUAUAAAAUCAGGACUUGAUAUUGUUAUUGAAGAACGGCCUGAAAAGGAAAUGGCAUUUAUUGGCGAUACAAGAAUCGCUGCUCAAGGAAUAACCUGUUGGAAUCCAGCCUUUGAUGUAACACCAGGUUCGUUGAUUAGUGGAAUUGUAACGGAGAAAGGAGUUUUUCAACCAGAUAAAUUAGAAGAUCUUUUGCCGUAUAGCUGACUUGGCAAAAAAAUUAAAUGUCUAAAAUAAAUAUUUUUUAAAUAUCAGUCACACAUAUCAAAAAGAUUAUUGUUUCACUUGUUAAAAUAUUGUAUAUAUAUUUAUGAAAAGAGUUGUUUUUUUAUAUCAAUCAAGAGUCGCAUGAUACUAUAUCAAUUUCUUUUGAACAGAUAUGAAAACUGUUAAGACUGAACGAAGCCUCAUAUAAUGUUAGAAGUAUAUUAUAUAAAUAAAAUUUUAAUUUGAUUGUUUA